AUGUCUGUGGAUCUCUGCAACUGGACAGUGCAAGCCUAUGAAAGCAAAUGGAGUCCUUCGAACUGGCAAGUCAGAGAAGAUGGAUUGAGCGUCUCCCAGAGCGUGAAUGGGGGCGCCUCCCUUUUUUGCAGUGACUUUCCUGCUACUGGUUCCAACUUGGAAGGUGAAAUCAUGGUGGCAAGUGGUGGCCGUUCCGACGAUGAUUUCAUUGGAUUUGCUUUUGGGUAUAACAUUGGAGACAACAUGAAUUUGGAUGCCAAUUGGCAUUUGGUCGACUGGAAGAAGAGAUCCCAGGCGCUUCCCUUUAGCGAUCGAUACUGUAGAGGCAAUUCUGGAACAGGGUCCGUUGGAUUCGCCAUAUCAGAGAUAAAGGGGAUACCCGUUUGGGAUGAGUUUUGGGAACAUACCAACUUGGCCUCAUGCAAUGAUGCUGGUGGCGUGACAGAGAUUCAACGUGGUAUCAACUAUGCCAGCAUUGGAUGGGACUAUGAUACGACAUACCAGUUUCGGUUUGAAGUUUCAAGCGAGGGCAUGUUGGCCUUUGUGAAUGGCCAGCUGGAGUUGAAUGUAACAGGAUCAUUUGAUAUAACUGGCAGCUUCUGUUAUUACAAUCUCUCUCAAGACAGAGUGCGGUACAGCGGGCUCACACGGCAAACAGAAAACCCUUCUGCAAUCCCCACUGAUACACCCUCCGCGAGACCCUCUACAAAUCCUACCGAAUCGCCUUCAGCUUCUCCGAGCGGUCAUUCUCAGUCCCCUUCAAAUCCUCCAAGUGCACCUUCAAUCGAGACCAGCCCUCCUCUUUGUGAGGUGAAGGACGUGACUGAGGAUGGUAUCAUCAUGUUACAAGCUUCCAAUUCGGUGUCCAAUAUAACUUCAGUAGCGUUGAAUCCACCUUCUGCGGACGUUUCGUUGACCUAUACUGCCCAGAGAGGUGACGAAACGAUGGAGAUUGACCUGUCGAUUGAUUACCUCUCAGAGUCAACGGAUUUCAGGAGCUCCAAAGUGGUAGUCACGAAUGAGGACGGCUUAUUCUGUUCCUUUCCUUCGAUUGGAUCCAUUCUCGAUGAUGAUUGUGGACAGAACGAGGAUUGUCUCCCCGACGAUGCAAUUGAAUUCCCCCUGUCGUCGAGCAUCCCAGGAGUGCCCAUCUUCAAUUUUGAUAAUGCAACCAUCCUUGCCCAACCUGCCUUUGGGCGAAUCGUCUUUAAUGGCACGACCCUUCGCUAUGUCCCUACCUGGAUAGGAAUUCAGUAUGACGCCUUCGCAAUCGAAUCCAGAACCAUCGCUGGUGACACUAUCUUUUUCUCGGCCUCCUACAACGGAACCGACCAGACAGUCGAGGUAGACAUCGACAUUUUAGGCUUUGAGGAUGUCGAAUAUUAUACAGAGGAUGAUACUUUGGACGACGUGGUCGAUAGCGAUGGCGAGUUAAGGGCCCGAAGGCUAAGAAGUGCACCUUUGCCGAUUGAGUAUCAACACAUAGUCCCUCAAGGUGUGUUUGGCAGCGGGAAGAAUGCUUAUAAGAUCGAUGGCCUUGAUAGGAACUUUCUCAACCGCAUUGAAUCCAAGCAAUUUGGAGUAUUGUUGCGACGGGAAGACCACAGAGGCAAGAAUGCGAUCGUCAAGCCGCUUGAAUUGAACAAAAUGUGGGACGGUUGGGUCGUUGAUUUCAGAGACAAAAAUGGAAGACUCCCUGUCAAAAAUGAAGUUCUGACCCAAGGAUUUCAGGAAAUCACAGCAGAUCCAAAAGUUAGACAAAUGCUUGAUGCAGGCAUUCCAAAUCCUGACUACAGCUACAACCAGUGGAACAACAAAAAGUACAGAGAAUACAAAGUUCGAAUGCUUGAAGAACUGGAUUCGAGAGCUCGAUCCCGUGCCAAAAUUAAUCCCUGCAGUAGCGGGCGAUUCAACCCUUGCAAAGCUUUGAAACGGGCUUCUAAGCUACCGGUUGUUGGAAGGUUCAUUGGCUUGGGCGUAUUUGCCAAUGAAGUGCUUCUUCAAGGUCGUCCAAUAGCGGAAGCAGCAGUUGAGUUUGGGUUGGAUGCCAUUCCUGUCUGGGGUGAAAUUCGUGGGGCCUACUCGCUUGCACAAGACUUGUGUCUUUUUGAACGAUUUGGCCUAAAGGUGGACGCAGGGAAUCUUGAGACUUUGAUAUGGAAGACUCUCCGAUCGGACCACGGAAUCAAAGAAGUGCUUGGUCCGAACGACUUCGGAAUUUCGAAGGCAUAUCUCGAUCCGCACUUUUGCACUUUCAAUGAGAAUUGCUACGCCUAUCAUGGAGUUUGCGAUAUGGUGUUCCUUCGCAAUGCGCUUGUGGAGAUCCACAUUCGCACAAAAUCCUUAGGACGCCGACACUGGUCGUCACUUUCAGGCAUUGCCAUGCGCAUUGGGAAUGACACCUUGGAAAUGGAUGAUAAUGCAUACUACUAUUUGAAUGGCGAAUCAUUGGCCUCUGGCGCACCGCCUGUGGCUUUGGCAGGUUCAUUUCCCUUCUCAGUAAGCAGCUCAGGGGUUGGUUCGCUUCAGCUUUCAGGCGGUCAAUUCAUUCAACUCUCUCAAUUUGGAACGGUUCUCAACCUCCAAGUUCACGGUCAUGGUUCCGACUUUCGCGACUCUAAUGGCAUGAGUGGCAAAUGGGACCGAUUGCCGCUCAUCGGACGCGACGGUCUUUCUGUAUUCGAGAACACAACGGAGUUCGCCAUGGAAUGGGAGAUCAAUGCAAGCAAAGGGGACCUACAACUCUUUCGUGAAGCUGCACAGAGUUCAUGCCGCGAACCAGGUCCUCGACCGGAGCCAGAUGUCGCAACACUCGAACUUGCCAGAACUGCCUGCGCGAAUAUCCUCGACGAUGUGCUCAAUGAAAACUGCGUCUUCGACGUCACUUCUACUGGAGAUGUCUCCUUUGCACAAAGCGAAAUAUAUACGGAGCCAUUGCAAUCUGGUGGAGUUUGUGCGUCAAGUUCAGAGGAUUGUGAAUUAAGAGGAGGAAGCUGUGUGUGGAGAUGUGACACUGCCACAAGCAACUGCCUUCCAGAUCUUUGUUCUCUUGUCCAAUCUGUGGAGACGUUCGAAAACGAAUCUGAAACCGCGGAGUCUUUAGUGGAUGGGUGCUCCUGUGAGAUUCCAUUUGCCAACGAGCCAACUGCCUUCGCAAGUUCUGCACCGAGUUCUACUCCUACUCCGGUUCCAACAUCGCCACCCAGUUUGGUUCCAACAACGAGUCCUACUCCAGUUCCAACAUCGAGUCCUACGCCAGUUCCAACAUCGAGUCCUACUCCAGUUCCAACAUUGACUCCCAGUUCGGUUCCAACAUUGACUCCUACUCCAGUUCCAACUUCCACCCCUACAGUUUCAUUCACUUCAGCUCCAAAUUCCGCGUCUUGUGUACCAUCGGCUUUUUGGAGUGGUCGCCUUUGCCUCAUCUUCACCUUGGUGAUGUCGCUGCAAUUGUUUUAA